AUGUGUCUCCUUUUAUGUGCUGCAGCAGCAGCAGCGCAGCAGCAAACUGCGCAGCCUGAGUAUAGGGAUGCAGAUACUGUUGAUGUUGCUGCACUAAGUGCAGCAGAACCAGCAGCAGCUGCUGCUCCUGCUCCUGCUGCUGCUCCUGCUGCUGCUGCAGAUGCUGCUACUGCAGCAGAAGAAGAGACACCUGAAGGGGAGGUAGAAGCACCAACACAAACUGCUGCAGCAGCAGCACCAACUGCAGCAGCAGCACCAACUGCAGCAGCAGCACCACCUGCAGCAGCAGCACCAACUGCAGCACCAGAAACAGCAGCAGCACCAACUGUAGCACCAGAAGCAGCAGCAGCAGCACAACCGCCUCCUGCAGGUGCAGCACCAACAGCAGCAGAAGAGACUGCAGCAGCAGGUACUGCAGCAGAAGCAGCUCCGCAGCAACCGGUAGGUGCAGCAGGAGAAGCAGCAGAAGAAGCAGCAGCAGCAGCAGGAACAGCAGGAAGGAGACGAAGGUCUCGUAAGUCCCGUAGGGGAAGAAGAGCUGAGGAGACACCUGAAGGAGGAGAAGAGACACCUGCUGCUGCUCCUGCUGCUGCAGAGACACCUGCUGCUGCUGCGGAGACACCUGCGCAGCCGCAGCCGCAGCAGCAGCCGCAGCAGCAGCCAACAGGAGGGGCAGGAAUAGAACAAACACCUGAAAAUAAGCUGGUGCAAAGUUUCUUGGCUAUUGAGCCUGUUAGUGCUCCAACUCGUGAGUAUUCAGAGGCGAUGGAGCUCUUGGCGGCGAUUGAUUUAACACCAGCAGAGAAGAUAGAUGAGGAUCUUCGUCGCAGAUUAAACACAAGAAGAG